AUUAUGUGUAAAUAUCGUCGAAGUAUUGCUUAUUAAAUCGUGUAAAGUGUUAUUAUUAUAUUAAGUGUCCAUAAUAUAUGAUUGAUGAGUUGUCGUUUUCAUUACCAAACUGUGCUAAAAUUCUACUACGGAAAAUGCUACCCAACCGAACAGUGCUAGUAAACGUCAAAGUGCUCGACAGCUGAUCAACGUCACUUUGCAACACACACGAGCAAUGGAAAUGGCGCGAAAGUAAUUUGGCGCGUCGAUGAACAUUUGGAGGGAAACUGCAACGUCGUGGCCCAGUUGUAAUUUGAGCAGUGACAGUGGCUAGACGUAUAUGUAUGAAAUAAUAAGAAAAAACUGAGAUCAUAUACAGCCAUUAACCAGACGUGCCGCAGAGUGAAUUUUGUUAAGCAAUACAAACUGAUAAGCAUAGCAUUUAAUUCAAAUUGCAAUCAUGGCCCAGCCAUCGGUAGCUGCAUUUUUUAGCAAUCGUAAACGCGCCGCUGUAGAUGAUGCCACCACAAUUAAGACCAGGCGUCUUGCCGAACCCACUGAGGUUGCUGCCCCACAAAACAUAGCGCUCCCAGGCGCAGCCACCGAUCAGGAUGUGGACAUUGAUGCCCUUAAGGGUGGCAUACGCACCCGUUCGGGACGCACCGUCAAGCUUAUUGGCGUACAGCCAGCCACACCGUCUCAGGAUACCAAAAAGAAGCCCAGCGUCAAGCAACCCAAGCUCGUACAGUUCAUACGCAAGGGUACACUAUCGCCCCGGAAGCAAGCACCAAUUAAUGCUAUUACUGCGGGCGACGAUGCACAGGCCAUCAAUGAGCAGACGCCCAAGGGGCACAUUACAUUUGCCGCCCAGCAAAAUGCGGUGAAUGUGCAACGUGGAAUGCGCACGCCAACCAAACAAAUCUUCAAGGAUGCCUCGCCCCUUAAGCACACGGAGAUGGCCAAGCGUGGCCUGACCUUUGAUGAGGUCAAGACCAAGAUAUCGCGCAGUGCCAAGAUGCAGGAACUGAAGGCUGUGCUCGCCCGCAAAGCGAAAUUGGAACAGGAACGCAAGGCGCAGGAGGAGCGCAAUCGUCGUCUACGUGAAGCGGGUCCAUCUCCGGUCAAGGCAAAGACCGUGCAGCUGAAGGAGUUCGAUACCAUUGAGCUGGAGGUGCUGACUAGCCCUCUAAAGACGUUCAAGACGCCAACAAAACUGCCGCCUCCAACCCCGGAUAAGAAUGAGUUGAUGUCACCACGGCACACGGACGUAUCGAAGCGUCUGCUCUUUAGUCCGGCCAAGAAUGGAUCACCAGUUAAGCUGCUGGAGCUGCCAGCGUAUAAACGCUAUGCCAGCCUCAUUGAGACGAGCAAAGCGGGUCAGCUGCCCUUGCCGUACAAGUAUCGACAUUUGCUGGACGUAUUCAAGGGUCUGGACUCGGUGGUGGCCAUGUUCCACAAUCGCAAGGAGUGCAUUACCUUCAAGAAGCUGAAGCCGGCGGUGCAGCGCAUGUUGCGCAAGAACUUUACGGAAACGCAUCUGGCGCAGAUAAAGCACGUGUAUCCGGAGGCAUUUAUCUUCAGCCAGAUGAAGAUGCGAAACUUUGGUUCAGUGUCGAAGGCAGAUUACUUCCAGCUGGUCAUCAGUCCCAAUGUGGAGCAGGUGCCGGAACAGCAGCGCCUCAACAAGAUUGAUGAGAACGAUGUGCUCGCGUCGGCACAGUCGACGUCCAUGAAUCCACACGUGAUGACGGCACGCAUGCAGAAGUUCCAGAAUCUCUUGCUGCAACGUGUCAUGCAGGAGCAUGAUAAGUUCGUACGCUCCUUGGAUCCACCUAUCAUCAUUAAUAAGAUGCUAACGCGCUGGCAUCCCGAGUUCGAUCUGGAAAGCUGUGCCGAGGUUGAGCUGGCGGCGUUGCCUCAACCGCCCAAUGUGGAGAAGUACUCCUCGGCCAAGGAUAUUCUCUCAACGGCGCGCAAUCUGUUUAAUUGCGCCACGCCCAUGGAACGUGCAAUGGAUCGGUAUGAGGCCAAGUUGGAGGCGGACAGAAACCAAGCAGAGAUCCCGGAAGAUGUGACGCAACCCAAGGAGAUUCCCAGCACCUCAACUGCAAUAAAAGACACCAAAUUGUUAACAGAAACAACAACUGCCAAGCCCACGGUUAAAGAAUGUACGACAGCCAGUUCGGAUGCAGCAUCCAAUCUACUAAAGGGUUUGCCCAAAUCCUUGAUUGAGAAGAUUCGGGCUAAGCAGGCGGCCAAAGCACUGGAUGCCAUGACGCGUCGUCCAUCACAGGAUCAGGAGGCCACCAAGUACUCGCGCCUGCCGGAAUUGGCGCGUCAUCUGCGCAACGUGUACGUUACGGAACGCAAGAGCGUGCUAACCCUCGAGAUCAUCAUCAAGAAGAUACAAAACAGUUUUCGGGCAAAUCUAACACCACAGGAUAUUGAAGCGCAUCUGAAACUACUGGCCAAGGAGCUGCCAUGGUGGGCAUCAUUCCAUGAAGUGCGGAAAACAAUGUAUAUUAAGAUCGCCAAGGAUAUGGAUAUGAAUAAGAUUAUUGAAAAACUGGAGGAAAUCGCAAAUGAGAAGAGCAAAUAACUGGAGAUUGAGAUAUAGCAAACUUUUGCAAAUCCUAGACCCUGUGGCUACAUCCAGCUAUAUGUAUGAUUAAGUAAACGCUUACCUAGGCUCAAUUAAACUAGGGAAAUUAUAUUGUUAUUCAAACUACACUGACAUAAUUAUUAAAUAUUUGACAAAUUACGCAUCCCACAUCAAUAUUCAUCACAUUUCAUAUAAACACUAUCUAUUACUUUUGUAGACCUUAAUUUUUCACAAUUUAUUAAUUUACAGCAGACAUUUAUAGUUUAGUUUAUUAAGAUCAUUUUCAUGUUGUAUUACGUUGAUUAAAUAAAUGUUUUUCUGGAAAAUAA